GCAAGUUGGAAAAAGCUGAAGCAAAGUCGUAGCAAUGGAAGCAGUGAAGCUCAAGAAAAAGGAUUGCAAAAUUGUAGUGGCCGUGGAUGAGAGUGAAGAGAGCAUGUAUGCACUUUCAUGGUGCCUCUGUAACUUGAUUUCUCAAACCACAAUAAACAAGCUCAUCCUUCUUUAUGUCAAGCCCCCGCCUCCCGUCUAUUCUUCCUUAGAUGUUGCAGGGUAUAUAUUUUCGGGCGAUGUGAUCAGAGCGUUGGAAACCUACGGCAAUGAUCUGGUGAACUCGGUGAUGGGAAGAGCCGAAGAUAUAUGCGGAAAGUUCAGCAGCGAUGUAAAUGUGGAGAAAAUCGUGUCAAGUGGGGAUGCUAAGGAUGUUAUAUGCAAAAUCGUGAAUAGAAUCAAACCCGAUACGUUGGUGAUGGGAAGCCAUGGUUACGGUUUCUUCAAAAGGGCUUUUCUAGGAAGCGUGAGUGAUCAUUGCGCCAAGCACGUUCAAUGCCCAGUGGUGAUCGUGAAACAUCCGGAGAAGAUAUAAAGGCUUUCCUUUUUGCUGCAUUUUCUUCCUUGAAUAUUGUCAUAUAGAGAGAGAGAUCAAAUAAUAAG